CUCGCGGUCGUCGAACGUUCAUAAUCGGUGCAGGAUGCACGGCAUUCAUCAAGCCCAGGGGGCAGCGAAAUGUGGAGGAUAUGGGCCUUGAAGCCGCUACAAAGGCACUGCUCGAUGCAGGUAUCACAUAUGAUUCUGUCGAGGCUGCGUAUGUCGGCUACUGCUACGGCGAAUCCACCUCCGGCCAGCGGGCCCUGUACAACCUGGGGCUGACAGGCAUCCCCAUCACGAAUGUGAACAACAACUGCUCGACUGGAAGUACGGCAAUGUACGGGGCAAAUAUCCUGGUGAAGGCCGGCCUCGUUGAAUGCGCCUUGGCUCUUGGCUUUGAGCGGAUGGCCCCAGGUAGCCUCAAGUCCAAUUGGUCCGACCGCCCUUCCCCGGGCUUGAUCCUGGGCGCAGCAAACGCGGAGGCUGAGCACAACGUUAGCACCGGGGAGAACUAUGGACCUGGCGCGCCUCGCAUGUUUGCCAACGCUGCGCAGGAGUACAUGGACAAGUACGGAGCGACCGUGGAGCACUUGGCAAAGAUAGCAUCGAAGAACCACAAGCACUCUGUGAACAACCCCUAUUCGCAGUUCCGCGAUGGUUGGAGUGUGGAACAGGUUCUGAAGGCACCCAAGAUUAACAAACAGCUCACAAAGUUCAUGUGUAGUCCUACCUCGGAUGGGGCUGCUUGCUGCAUCGUUGCCUCAGAAGACUUCGUCCACGCCCACGGACUCGAGAACCAGGCCAUCGAAAUCGUGGCACAAGCUAUGGCAACCGACGACCCCACGGCGUUCGAGUCUAAGCGACCCAUGAACGUGGUCGGCUACGGCAUGACGAAGACCUGUGCAGACAAGGUCUUUGCCGAGGCCGGGUUCAAACCAGGCGAGGGCAGGGAUCAAGUGGGGGUGGUCGAGCUCCACGACUGCUUCUCGGCGAACGAGCUCAUCACCUACGAGGCUCUCGGACUCUGCGCGCCAGGCGAGGCGCACAAGCUCGUAGACAGUGGAAACAACACGUACGGCGGCAAGUAUGUUGUCAAUCCGAGCGGCGGGCUGGAGGCCAAGGGGCACCCGCUCGGUGCGACGGGCCUUGGAAUGCACUUCUACAUCGCCAUGCAACUGAGAGAAUGGGCUGGCCCCAUGCAGGCACCAGGGCUAUUCAAUGUCCCUGACAAGCGCGGAAAGUAUGGCUUGGUGCAGAAUAUUGGCUUGGGUGGUGCCGUUGUGUGUUCCUUGCUUCGGAGGCCGGAAUUCUACAAGGCUGGUCGUCCUGAUGGUAGAGAGAGGCUUGGCUACAACCAUGCCUGCGAAUGUCGUCCAGUGACGAUGGACGACGUGAACAAGGUCAAGUCUCGCAAAAGCUCCCAGUUCAUUCUGGAGAUGGCCAGGCUGUAAUGAAUAGGGCGUUCACGACUCCUUGCUCGAGCUCGGCCGUAUGAGCCUUUUCUCAGCCAACCAGCGUUGUGCGAUUUCAAGUCAUGCAUGAAGUGUCCAUGGGAUCUCGUGAAAGUGAUCUCCCAAAUCGUACAAAUUACACAAGGGUAUCCUUAACGUAACGCCUCCUGAUGCAGUUCGUCACAAGUUGCAUAAGCUCCGCGGACCAUCACCAGAAUCGACUCCUACGGCGGCCCGACUUGGUGCUCGUGGGACUGGGGCUGCCCCAAGCAAGGUUGUCAUCAUCGAGCAUUUCUGCAGCUCCGUCCGACUCUUUGCGGUAGUGCGCAGUAUCAUCGAAGCUUGGCAAUUGUAUUGAUAUGGCCUGAGAGUCCGAUGAGGUGGUGGACAGCAAUGAACUGCGCUUCUUUGACCGCUGAGAAUCGGAGGACUUUCUCGAGAUGAAGGAGAGCAUAGACAGUGGGCGCGGCAUGACGAGAGUAGCAGGCGGUGCUUGGCAGCGGUAAAGGGUGAGAGUGAGAAGCAAAAUGAGGCGUUCAGCUCCUAGUGUAGAAUGCUGAGCGUGAGGGGCGUGCUGAGGGGA